UAUAAAGUCAGAAUUGACUGGAUGGAACAUCAUUGUUUCUUGCUAACGGGAAGAAGACAGAACUUUCCAUUCUCUGUUGUGCGUGGAGGUCUUUUUGCCCGACAUCCAAAAUGAAUGUAGACAGAAGGGUUGGGGGGCAUCUGCCUGAUGUCGUUCCUCCACCCGACCAUAGCUCUGUCCUUGCCUUUUGAAACAAAGCGAGGGGGUCCUUGGAGUCCCGUCAAAGAAGCAGAAGGUGGCAGGUAGAACAAAGAUGGAAGGACAACCUUCAGCUGGACCUGAAGCAGAAAGAGGACGUCCAGAGGCCGCUAAGCCUGGAAACAGGGGAGAAGCACCAGUCCAGAAGAAUCCAGCCACAGACCCUGGCAGCUGGGAUGUAUGGCGCCGAUGCUUUAGGAGGUUCUGUUACCAGGAUGGCAAAGGGCCCCGGGACGUCUGUAGCCGACUGCACCACCUUUGCUCUCAGUGGCUGAAGCCAGCCUGCUGUACAAAGACUCAGAUCCUGGACCUGGUGAUCCUGGAGCAGUUCUUGACGGUCCUGCCCCCAAAGAUGCAGAGCUGGGUCCGGGAAUGUGGGGCGGAGACCAGUUCCCAGGCGGUGGCCCUGGCCGAAGGUUUUCUCCUGAGUCAAGCAGAGGAGAAAGGAAAGGAAGUGGAGCAGGCCGUGUUAGGCAAAAGAACUGCUGUGUUCCACCAGGCAGAGAAAGGCCCAAACGACGCUAGAGAGCAGAAAGAGUUGAGGCAGGUUGUGCAGGAAAAUGAUGGAGGUGCUGCCUUGCCAGGUAAGGGAUUUUUCUGAUCUCCAUGUUUCUUGAGUAGGCUUGACCUUCUUGGCUCUUUUCUCACUUGAUUUG